GCUAACGAAGAGGAAGACUGCUUCUUUUGCGGAAGGUUCUCAGACGAUUAAGUAAUCGACAAAUUACGAAAUUUUUCAAGCGUUAUUGGGGCAAAGAAAUGAAGGAAUUUAUCUUCAUAUGGAAUGUUGAAAACAUGAGCUAUGCGUGGCACAAAACAGGGGAAGAGAUUGUCAGCCCGAAAUUCAUUGCAAGCCCGCUGCAAGACACCUGUUGGACUCUAAGGUUGUAUCCCAGAGGACGUGAUAAUAGCGAUUAUUUUAGUUUGUUUCUACACAGGGAGGAAGAUGAUGAAUCCGAAGAUUUGAAAAUCGAUUUCGAACUUUCUUGCAUAUUCGCAGAUAAUAGAGUAUUAUAUACUUGGCUAGCUCCAAACAAAUAUGUAUAUUUUUCAAAAGGUUCCGAAUUUGGGGAGUCACAAUUUAUAAAACGGCUCGAGGUGUUUGGUCAAAAGAAGGAUUUGCAAUUGCCACGGGACAUUCUGACGUUGCGUUGCAGAAUGUGGAUGGAUGAUGAUGGAGAUAUUAAUGAAUUUAAACAAAUGUAUGGACGUACUCAACUUCCGAUAGAGCAUAUCGUUUCAGUUGAAACCAUCAAUCUUGAGCCAUUGGCAAAGAAAACUUUUCAAAUCCAUUCAAAGCUCCAAAACGAGGUAUUGUUCACUGUAAAAAUAGAAUAUUUGAGCAAUGGUAUAGAUGUGACAAUUGAUCCAAUUAGUGAAGUAAUGUUCUCCACUUGCAAACUAACUUUAGUAAAUAAAGAGUCGAAAAGAAAACUAUGGGAAGAAAUGAGCUGUUCCUUCAAUGGGCCAUUGGCAAAUGUAUGGAGAUUGCCUUUUUCAACCAAGGAUCAACAAACAGAAAAUGGCAACUCUAAUACAAUGGAUCUUGAGUUUAUAACCGAGUUUAUCUAUUCUACAGGAGAAGAAAAUGGAACAAUAGAAAGUAAUUUUCCAAGCAGAAUUCCGGAAUUUAAUUAUGUCCCCAAUGAAAUAGAAAGUAUCUUUAAGGAACUGCUUAAUUUGUACCAUGAAAACGCUCUUUGCGAUAUUGAAUUAAAAACUGAAAACAAAUCUUUCUUUGCCCAUAAAGUUGUACUGUGUGCUCGGUCUCCUGUAUUUUUAGCUAUGAUAAAAGAUGAGAUGACAAUAAAGGGAAACAAAUGCAUUAAGAUAGAAGAUAUUUCAGCUGACAUCUUGGAGAAAUUCCUCAUCUGCCUUUACAAGGAUGCAUUAGAGAAUAUAGAAUGGGAUUCGGUCAUUGAGCUUUAUUAUGCAGCUGAUAAAUAUCAAGUAGAACGACUGAAACAUUUAUGUUGUUAUUAUUUAGCGGAAAAUGUCGAUUGUGAUAGGGUUUGCGAUGUACUGAUUUUGGCUGACAGAUAUAAUGAUUGUGCAUUAAAACAGCAAGUGGAAGAUUUUAUUUGGAAAAACGAAGAAGAAAUGGUUAGACCUGGUCAGUGGAAUAUGUACAGUUUUGAGCAACGAGAGCUGGCUAUGAAAAAGAUACUUUCUAAAAACGAGGAUCAAGAAAAUCGAAAAACACCUUCCAAAGCAUCCGAUGAUAUCAUAUCCAGUCAUCUCGAUGUGCUAGAUGAUUUUAAACGUCUCUAUCAAGAUCAUAUCAUGAGCGAUAUCACUAUCAAGACGAAAAGUGCAUCUUUCCCUGCCCACAAGGUUAUCCUCUUUGCCAGUUCCUCUACUUUCAAGAACAUGCUCACAAGGACAACAACCGAUAUUCUUGAGAUUGAAAACUUGGAAGACGAUAUCGUUUCUCGAAUGUUGCUCUCUCUGUACACCGAUUCUUUAGAAGAUGCGCAAUGGAACAUUGUCAUGAAACUGUACCACGCAGCAGAUGUAUUCGAAUUACUGAGAUUGAAGUUAGAGUGCUCUCGUUUCUUGCUCGAAAAUCUCAACCUGACCAAUGCCAGUGAUCUUUUGCUGCUGGCGCAUGAGCAUCACGAUGAUAAGUUGAAGUCAGCUGUGGAAGAUUACAUUUUAUUGGUUGAUGAAGAGCUAUUUGGAUCCGAUGAAUGGGCAGAAUUUAGCAAAUCUAAUCUGCUGUUGGCUAACGAGACAAUGAGUGCAAAAUAUAAAAAAAAUAAGAAUUUGUAAUGCUUAUUGAUUUAUUCUACUUAAACGAAUAUUCUGCAACAUAACAACUUUGACACUUUUUCCAAUAAAAUGAUUUAAAAUUUGGAAAGGAGAUUUAAUUAAAACCAGAUUUGUAUAGAUUUAAAAUUAAUUAAUUGGAAUACAAUAUAUCCUUCGUAACAUUCUUGCCUUCAUAUUUAAGU